UUCCCUCGGCUGUUUGUUUGCCUGUGGUCGAUUACUGGAUGGCAAGGUCUGUUAGCUCAAUUAUUGCAAAAAGAUAUUUGGAUGCAAAUGAAAAUUGCGAUAAAAAAUAAAUUAACAGGUUAGGCCUACAGGGUCUCUUCCGAAAUUCAUAAGGGUAGGAGUUAACUGUAGCCUACCGCGAGCAGAGGACUUUUAUUUAUUUAGUUUUUACGCACGCGUUCUGUCCGGUGUGGUGGUCUCGCACGAGCGUUAUGUGAUGACUGUCAUUCAAAAAACUAACUAGAUUUGAUCUCUCGAAUGUUUGAUAUUGACGUUCAAUAGUGUUCUUUGUAUUGGAGGGUACAAUUGUUUUCAAUAACUGAGCCACAGGUACUUGAGCGACAGUGCGUGCAGUUCAACAUUUAGUGGAUAUUGAUUUGUUGAUUAUUUGGAUUAGAUCACCUUUGAUGCAAAUGUAAAGGCAAUAAGAAUGAUAGACUUGCCGUUAGUGGGAAACCGAUUCAAUACAAAUCAUUGCUGCAGGACAUUUCAGAUUUGAAGUGCUGAAACCUGCGAUCCAGAAAGAAUGGGGCAUUUAUGGAUUUGCCUGCUCAUUUGUGAAAUAAUCCUGUUGUCGGACUGUGCACGGGGCUCCAUCGAACUACAUUUAAUGCAAGUCAUAUUAAUCAAAUCUGGAAUUAGCUUUACGCUAACGGGCAUUAGCAUGACUCACAGCAUGGUGGAGGGAAGGAUUUCUGUCUGGUGUUACUCAGGCCCUCCCCACGUGGCAGAGAAGAUCGCCCACCGGCAGACGGUGCGGAUCGGGCGCACCAUGAAGCUGCAGUGCCCCGUGGAGGGGGACCCUCCACCCCUCAUCAUGUGGGCAAAGGAUGGCCGCAACAUCCACAGUGGCUGGAUGCGCUUCCGGGUGCUGCGGCAGGCACUGCGCAUCAAAGAGGUGGAGGCCGAAGACGCAGGCACCUUCAUCUGCAAGGCCACCAAUGGCUUCGGCAGCGUCAACAUCAACUACACCCUCAUCGUUGUCGAGGACGCCAGCACUGGGAGGGACGGAGCAGGAACAGCAGGAGACCCAGAAUACCCCACUGACCUCUCAGGGAAACUGGUCCGACCACGCUUCACGCAGCCAGCCAAGAUGAGGAAGCGCGUGAUCGCCCGGCCGGUGGGCAGCUCAGUGCGGCUGAAGUGCACGGCCAGUGGGAACCCUCGUCCGGACAUCAUGUGGCUGAAGGACAACAAGCCGCUGACCUCUGAGGAGGUGGGCGAGGGCCGUAAGAAGAAGUGGACCCUGAGUCUGAAGAAUCUGACCCCUGAGAACAGCGGGAAGUACACCUGCCAUGUCUCCAACCGGGCUGGAGAGAUCAACGCCACAUACAAAGUGGAAGUCAUCCAGCGGACAAAUUCCAAGCCUAUCCUGACCGGCACCCAUCCGGUGAACACCACGGUGGACUACGGCGGUACCACCUCAUUCCAGUGUAAGGUCCGCAGUGACGUCAAGCCGGUGAUUCAGUGGCUGAAGAGGGUGGAGCCGGGGGACGAGAACAAGUACAACUCCACCAUCGAGGUGGGCGACCAUGGCUUCGUGGUGCUGCCCACGGGAGAGGUGUGGUCCAGGCCAGACGGCUCCUACCUCAACAAGCUGCUCAUCACCCGGGCCAAGGAGGAGGACGCUGGGAUGUACAUCUGUCUGGGUGCCAACACCAUGGGUUACAGCUUCCGCAGUGCUUACCUCACUGUCCUGCCAGACCCAAAGCCUCACCACACUCCCAUCCCCACAGCUACCUCCCCCAGCCUGCCCUGGCCUGUGAUCAUCGGCCUCCCAGCCGGGUUGGUGUUCAUCCUGGGUACUGUCCUGCUGUGGUUCUGUCAGUCCAAACGCCACUGCUCCUCUGGAGGUGUGGUCACCACUCAGGCCCUGACCGCCUCACAGCGCCCGCCCCCCCGGGUACCAGCCUGCCCACCCAGCGGGGACAAAGACUGCCUGAGCUACUACAUGACCCAGCAGCAGCAGCUCCUCCUGGCCCAGGGAGGCAGCGGUCUGGCGGUCCCUAAAGUCUACCCAAAGAUCUACACAGACAUCCACACACACACCCACUCACACAUGGAUGGGAAAGUGCACCAACACCAGCAUAUCCACUACCAAUGUUAGCUGCCACUGUCCCGACAGGCCCUCAUGUCUGCAGUGUUGGGUCAGCUCCCACCACCUCCCCUCCACAUGCCCAGUCCUGCUUUCCUCCUAAAGACCCAGCCAAACAGUCUGAGCUGGGGUGCUGCACACAAACCCUCUUACUGCUAAAUAAUGUACUGUAGUGAAGGCCCUGGGGAACAUGGACAUAGUCAGGACAGAUAGCACCCUCCAUGAGGUACAGAAUAAGGGACAUGGAAAUGCCGUUCAGGAAUCCCACAUGAACUAAUGUGAGUCCAAAUGGAGCAAUAUUUCACACAGAACCCCACUCUGCAGAGAGAUGGCAACAUUUGUUUCUCUAGUCUGGUUCAAUCUGCACAAACUCACAGUGACUGAAAUUAGUGAAUGUAUAGAGUUAGCUCUGUCUCAUUUGAGAGUCUUUACUCUGUAGGAAAAUAACAGCAUUUCCUGCAACACCUCUCUGGCCUUCAUGUGCAGUGACUGUGGAAGGGUCUAAGAGGAUUAUGUAUAUUAGCUCCACAUUUUUGUCAGAUGCACAGCCUCAGCAAGCACCAAAAGGAAUACGGUGCAAUGUAAAAUGUUCACAGAUUUUCUGGAUUGCCGUUGGAUUGAAUCAGAAUCCAAAUGUGCCUUCACAUCCUGAGAAGGUCAGAAGCAGGUCAACCAACAGAGACACAGCGGAUUGAGUCAACAAAGAUUGCAUGUAUUUUGUUUCUCAAAAAGGUUUUGUUCAAGGAAAAGGACCUGCAAAGCAUUACAGUCUUUUGUCUGUUGUAUGUGUACGUGAAUGGAAAAUUAUUUAUGGGUAAUAGGAAAUGGUAUGAAAUCGUGUAAAGAACGUUAGAAUUCCUAAGGCCGAUCAUAUUGUCACUAUCCUAAAAAAGAUCCUAGAUACUGAAAUAUUCAGAAUUACAGCAACGCAUACAAUACUGUGUUCUUCUCGUUAUUACUUGGGUUUUACAGGUCACUGACAUGUGGGCGUCAUGGUCAGUGGUACUGUUGGGCUGAUCCAAACCGCAGGGGCACCCAAUCACAAAAGGACUUGUUCAACUUUUGAAUUCUCAGGUGGCCAUCUUUCUUUUUGUCUCUUGUUCUUUGGGUGUGUAUAGGGUAUAACUCUGACCACUAAAUUAAACUGUGGAAUAUG